UACGUUCCGCCACCGCCAACCUAUGUGCACUCGACUUCGACCCAUGCUAGCUAUAUCCCACCUCCACCAACCUACGCGCACUCUUCGUCGACGCAUGCCAGCUAUCUUCCGCCUCCACCAAGCUACGCCCACUCUUCGAAGUCGACGCACGCUAGCUACGUCCCACCACCAAGCUACGCACACUCUUCGCCGUCAACGCACGCUAGCUAUAUCCCGCCUCCACCAACCUACGUGCACUCGUCCUCGACGCAUCACACGUAUGUCCCACCAACGUACCCGGUCUCAACUCCUUCGACGCACCAGACGUACGCUCCACCUCCAAAGACGUAUGUUCCCCCGCCACCAGCCAAGAACACCACGACCCCAUGCCCGUCGACUUUGAAGACCACGACCCACCCGCUGCCACCCAAGAACACCACGGUUCCAGCUCCUCCACCGGUCCUUCCUCCGAUCGUCACUCACCCAUACAUGAACACGUCGACCACGAGCGUCCAUAUCACGACGAGCGUGACCCAGGAGACCACUGUCUACAAGACGAGGCCGACUAAGCCAGCGGUUUCCAUUCCACCAAAGGAGCCGCUCCCACCUCCAUCGUACCCCAAGCAGCCUGAGCAGCCCCAGUCACCAUCGAAGCCAAUCGAGCCCGAGACUCCCAAGCAGCCACAACAGCCAGAGACUCCAAAGUCGCCAGUGCAGCCCCAGCAGCCAAACAAGCCUGAGACCCCCAACUCGCCUGUCCAGCCUCCAGCUCAGCCACCAGUCAAGAGCGCUUCGACCACGGCUCCAGCUCCAAGCGGUCCUUCGGUUGAGAUGUCCAACGAUGGCGAAACGAACCUUCCAGCAUCGACCUUUGCGCUGGUUCUCAUGAUCGCGGCUGCUAUCUACUUGUCGUAG